UUUCCUCAGCGUGGGCGGCUCAAGCUAGGCUCCUGCUGUUGCGCCUCUGCGCGAUCCUCCUCUGCCUCGGCGGCCGGCGGCCGGGUGGCGAGCCUAUCUAAUACAAUACCUCAGGGUCGUUCCGCCGGCCCUUGUACAGAUCUGAGCCGGGGAUGAAGGAGCUGUCCCCGGCAGCUUCGCUGAGCCGGGCUGUACUUUCCGAGUUUGUCUCAAGGCCUCCUGAGGCACUGUGUCCUCGGGUUCGGCGCUUCGCAACAUUUCUGGACACUCUUGGGUUACAGACGCUGGUCCGCGGCAUAGAACGCUUUUCUGAGUUUACCUUUCCUUAGAAUACAUAAAUCGAGAGUAUAAGAAAGCUUUAAAGAGUAAUCUCUCCAGCCUUUUCACUUAAUAAAUGAAGAAUGAAGUGCAGAGUAAAUCCCGGAUGACGUAAUAUCCUGCGAAUGCGCUGCUUUUAUGAUUUUAUGGUUUCCACCAGACAUCAGACAUUUUAAAAUCCUAUAAAAACAACUGAUCAAGUCGGUUGUGGUGGCUUAUGUAAUUCCAGCGACUUGGAGGCUGAGGCAAGAGGAUCCCAAGUCUGUGGCCUGUCUGGGUAAUUUAACGAGACCUUGUUUCAAAAAAGGCAGCUGUGGGGGCCGCCUGGGGUUGUACCAAUGGGUAAGGUGACCCUGGGUUCAAUCCCUACUUCAGGUCCAUUCAGGAAGAACUUUUCCAGGAGAGAUCUUACUGAUAGAGCUUUUGCACAACUAUAAUGUCAUCUACUUGGAAUAUCCAGGCCAAAAAGGACCAGGAAGAACUUCUGGAAGUAAAGAUAGAGGACCAGGAGGAGGAAGAGAAUAAAUAUACCUCCAGACAGGAUGAGAGCCUUCAAAAGAACAACAGAGAGGUCUUUCGACAAUACUUCAGGCAGUUCUACUACCAGGAAACAUCUGGACCUCGGGAAGCUUUGAGCCGACUCCGGGAGCUUUGCCAUCAAUGGCUGAGGCCAGAGACUCACACCAAAGAACAGGUCCUGGAGCUGCUGGUGCUGCAGCAGUUCCUGACCAUCCUACCUGAGGAACUUCAAGCCUGGUUACAGGAGCAGCAUCCAGAAAAUGGAGAGGAGGUGGUGAAUGUGCUGGAAGAUUUAGAGAAAGAGCUAGAUGAACCAGGAUAUCAGGUUGCAGGAACAGAAGAACCCAGUGUGUCCCUCCAGUCUAUGAAAACCCAGUGUGAAUCUCCAGAACUUGAAGCUCAAGAGAAGCAAGUUUCAGAUAUUAAGACUGAAAAUGAGUACAGGAAUUUAACUCCAAAACAAAAAGUUCCUGAAGGAAUGAAACCAUGUGGGAAUGUGUCUAGCAGAUUUGAAAAUGAUAUAAACCAGUCUGCUAAGUGUGGAGAAACUCAAAAUUCAGAAGAAUCUUCUGGAUGCUCCAGGGAACAUAAACAACCUAUAUGUGAUGAAAAUGGAGUGAGUUCUACUGAGAACUCAGAUCAUGCUGAAAAGAGAACCUGUCCAGGAGAAAAAUCUUAUGAAUAUAAUGACUGUAGAAAAACUUUUAAUCAGCAGUCUUGCCUCAUAGAACAUAAGAGAAUUCAUGCUGGUGACAGGCCCUACAAGUGUGAGGAAUGUGGAAAAACCUUUCGUGGGAGAACUGUACUUAUUCGACACAAAAUAAUACACACUGGAGAGAAACCAUAUAAGUGUAAUGAGUGUGGCAGAGCCUUUGGACAGUGGUCAGCUCUUAAUCAACAUCAGAGACUUCACUCUGGAGAAAAACACUGUCACUGUAAUGAAUGUGGCAAAGCUUUUAGCCAGAAAGCAGGCCUCUUUCACCAUCUCAAGAGUCACACAAGAGACAAACCUUAUCAGUGUCCUCAGUGUAAUAAAAGUUUUAGUCGACGUUCCAUACUCAUUCAGCAUCAAGGAGUUCACACUGGUGCGAAGCCCUAUGAGUGCAAUGAGUGUGGAAAAGCUUUUGUUUAUAACUCAUCCCUUGUUUCCCAUCAGGAGAUCCACCACAAAGAAAAAUGCUAUCAGUGCAAAGAAUGUGGGAAAUCCUUCAGUCAGAGUGGCCUUAUUCAACAUCAGAGAAUCCACAUUGGGGAGAAGCCAUACAAGUGUGAUGUAUGUGAAAAAGCCUUUAUUCAAAGGACAAGUCUUAUAAAGCAUCAGUGAAUUCACACUGGAGAAAGACCCUAUAAAUGUGAUAAAUGUGGGAAGGCUUUUACUCAAAGAUCAGUCCUCAUGGCUCAGAGAAUCCACACUGGAGAGAGGCCCUAUAAGUGUGAUGAAUGUGGAAAUACCUUCCGAGGAAUCACCAGCCUCAUUCAACAUUAGAGAAUCCACACCGGGGAGAAACCCUACCAAUGUGAUGAGUGUGGCAAAUCCUUCAGGCAGAGUUCAGAUCUUAGUAAACACCAGAGAAUCCAUAAUAGAGGUGGUCUCUGUAAAUGUAAAGAGUGUGGGGAAUCAUUCAGUCAGAACUCAGCUCUUACACAACAUCAGACUAUCCAUAAAAGAGGAAAAUCUGUUUCUUUGUGAUGGCUGCAGAGAAGCCAUCUCACAAAGUGCAGGCUGGUGAGAAAUACCAGCUUUUGUAAUGAUUUGGGGCAAAACUUCAAUUACUGUUGGUAUAAGAAAACCUCAGAUAUUUAUUGAGAACCCACUGUGUGCUGCUCUUUAUAUUAGGUACUAUGGAGAACAAGAAGCACAACAGCAGAUUCCUUUUUUCUGAAAGUUUACAACACAGUUUGGGAUAUGUAAACCCCACAUAUUGAAUUAAAUGAGACUACAGAGUCAUAUAUUUCAUGCUCAACAUAGUUUAGAGUUAAAGUACUACUUGGUAAGUGCUCUAAAUUAUGAAGGACAGAUUACUUCUGCCUAGACUACUCAGGAAAGAAUUUAUUGAAAAUGAGGGUGUAGUGGGCAGAUAUGGAAGGCAAAAGGGAGAAAAUAUUUAGGCAAAACAGAUAAAAGCAGAGGUAAAUGUGCAUGUGGUUUGGAAGCAUCAAUGAUGAGACUAGCCAAUCUAAGAGAGUUCAUUAAACUUGGGCAGUUGAUGGCAUUAAAUUGGAAACAACUUGGGAAUAGACUGGCAGGGCUAAAAUAUCAAUAAUUUCAUAUAAUAGCUCUAUGCUUUGACACAGAGCACUUUUCUCAAUUCCAUAAGCACCUCUUUAAAUCAGUUAUUCUUCAUUUUAAAAAUGAGUAUCCUCUUCCUAAGAGAGAUAGUGACAUAGUUAUAAUAAAGAAAAGAUCAACAGCUUAAAUUACUGCUUUCUGACUGCUAGUCCUGUCCAUUAUUACUAGUGAAUCACUGAAUUUGAUUAACAUCAGAAUCACUUGUGCAGUUUAUUUUAAAUGACUGGGGUAUAGCUCAUGGUAGAGUGCUUGCUUAGCAUGAGUGAGGCCGUGGGUUUGAUCCCCGGCAUUGGGUGAAAAAAUAUCAUGGCUCUGAAGUUUUAAGUGGGCAUGGUGACAUAUGCUUAUAGUCCUAGCUAUUAGGAAGGCUGAGGUAGCAGAAUCGCUUAAGCUCAGGAGUUGGACCACCAGUCUGGGCAAUAUAGCAAGACCUCAUCUCAAAAUAAUAAAUACUACUUUAAAAAAUAAUAAAAUGUGUUGAGUCCUACUCACAGAUAUUGUACUUCAUUAGGUCUAGGAUAGGAAUUGCAUAUCUUCAUUUUAUAGCUCUACAGUCACCUGACCUAUUCUAAAUUGGGAAAGUUUGCCUUAAAUCACUACUGUACCUUCAUGGUUGCCUAUGAAGUGAAAAAACCUGAAUAUAGUCUUUUAGAGGGUCACUGAUUUUUAGCAUAAGGAAAUUCUUACAGGGGACAAUGGCCACCAGCUUUUUAGAAUGAACAGGAAAUUAGACUACUGUCAUGCCUCCAAAGUAGUUUCAAGAUGGCUUUUCCAUCCCUUUGAAAGUAAAUGUUUCCAAAAAAGAGACCUACAUUCUAAGGCUCUCAAGGGUCUUCUGAGUGCAAGGCCUUGUUUGUUUUACUACUUACAGAGGUAUACCGGUAUUCUCUUUUACUUUUAAAUCUUCCUUUGUUUCCCAGUUCUGUCAGUAUCAUUAUGUUCUGAAUUCUUGAGAACUUGUUAUGAUUUUAUGUUUUUUAUCCCUUUUUGAGGCCCAACGAUAAGUGAUAAUGAUAUUAAUAUAAUAUAUUAAUAUUAAUAUAAUUAAUGAUAUUAAUAUAACUAUAAUUUAGGCAUAUAUUAAAUUGGCUUUGGGGAUUGGAAUAUAUGUGACUAUUUCUGAAAAGCAUUACUCAACUAACAACAGAAAAGCAGAUGAACUGUUGAAAAACAACUCAUUUGUAAGUUGAGACAGCUUAUUUAGGCUUUUUCAACACCAAUAUUAGAGCUGUACAUGUAAGGCAGAGGCAACCAAGAUUAGAAACUGUUUUUCUCUUCUAGGGAACAAACAAGAAUCCCAGAUUGAGUCAGAGAGUUGUGUAGCUAUAAGUUUGUGAAGCUUAUUCCCUAUAUAAGCUUCCCUGCCUCCUCUUUCUUACUCUUAUGUCACUCUUCUUGUUGGAGGGGACUUUACUUAUUGAUGAGGACCUUUAUGAAUAUGUCCUCCUUACCAUGAUUAUGUUGUCCAUAUUCCUUAUCUAAUCUGAUUUCACAGAUUUGUUAUCCAAACUAAAAUUACUCUUCACUGCAACUUCAUAGGCUUUCUCUUUAAGCUGACUGUUCACUGAAAUGUAAAUGUUAUUUUAAACUUGCUUCCUAGUCCUCUCAAUACUUUUAUUUGGCAAUCUUCCAGCUCAUUUUCAGCUUAACAUGUACUGUCUAUACACAAAAGUUCCUCUAUUUGCCUUUCUGCGCACUAGAGCUCUUAAACACCUAAUAUAAAGGGACCAUAAAGACCCAGAAUAAUAGAAUGUGCCUAUUAUAUAGAAAGAUACUGUUCAUAACUUGAUUGAUAAUGUGGGCUUUUUGUUCUAGUUGUUUCUUGUGCAAUCAGAGUAUCCAAAAAAAGGAUAAAGGGUAUGAAAUUUUCAGGUAGGCAUCAAAAGGGAUAAAAUUAGUUAUUCAGGAUAAUAUAAUGGAAUUAUUAAUUACUAUUUGGAGCUAAAUUGGUGACAUGGAAGGCCCUGAGAGCCAAAUGGAAGACAUGCCAUGUUAGAUGUGGAAAUGGGGUGCCCCAUUGGGUAAUGCAGUGAGCAGAGAAUGCCUUUUGAUGAUCAAGAAUACAUCUUAAUGGCUGGGCACAGUGGCGCACAUCUGUAAUCCCAGUGGCUGGGGAGGCUGAGGCAGGAGGAUUGUGAGUUCAAAGCUAGCCUUAGCAAAAGUGAGACGCUAAGCAAUUCAGUGAGACUGUCUCUAAAUAAAAUACAAAAUAGGGCUGGGGAUGUGGCUCAGUGGUUGAGUGCCCCUGAGUGCAAUUCCUGGUACCCCUCUCCACCUCCCCAAAAGAAUACAUCUUAAUGGAUAUGAGAUAGAUGUGUUGUGACAAUGACAGGAUCUAGGAAAUCAAAGACCUUUGAAACAUCUUAUUAUCUAUAUAUGCUAUGAGAUAAUCAAUAAUACUAGGAGGCAGGAAGGAAAGGAAGAAUGUGAAAUGAAACAGGUCCAAGGUUAGAUGUAAUGGCAGUUAAUAGUAGUAGCACAACAACCAGGUAGUAAAGUAACUGGUGUAAAACUUAAAUGAUGAAUCAUGAAAGCAGUGGUUUAUAAUAAGGAUAAAAUUGACUUUCUUUUCUAAUUGAUUUGAAGUAGAUUGAUUCAGGUGUUAAAGGUAGAAAGCACCUGGAGAAGUUGGGAAAGCCAGGUUUCCAGAGCAAUAAAAAGUGAAGUUAAAAAUGGACUGUGGGGGCUGGGGUUGUGCUCAGAGAUAGAGCACUCGCCUAGCAUGUGUGAGGCACUGGGUUCAAUCCUCAGCACCAUAUAAAUAAAUUGUGUCCACCUAUAACUUAAAAAUAAAUAUUAAAAAAAAAUGACUGUGGAUGACACAAUAACCUAACAAUUAGGUAGCGGAAAGGGAUUGAAAAGGGAAGAAGAAUGCUUCUCAAAAAAUAAUUGUAUAAAGAGGUUUCUGGAAUUUGAAAUAUGAGAUAAAACUAAUGAAGGAGAGUGGGAAUGAGCAGGACUCUGAACUGAGAAGUCUCAACUGUGUGGUGAGGACACGUAGAGAGCACUGUAUGAUAUAAGAGCUUAAAAAAGUUCUGCACUCCUGUUCUCAGUUUAGAAGUUGCCUCUUUGGCUAGUAUCAGUAGGUAGCGUUAUUAUAGGCAAAACAAAGUUUAAUUAUUGGCUAUCUUCUGGAAUUGAAAAAAAGGAUUUAUUAACAAUAAUACAGGGAGGAUCCAACAUGGCAGCAGGCACGGAGAGAUCAAGUCUCUGACCUCUUCAGCUGUGCGGGCAUACGGAGUCGUAAACCGUCUAAAUGCUGUUUGCUCAGGAUCACUAGGCAAUGCUAAGCUGAUGUGGAUCUGGGGCGAACAGUCUGGGCAUCUCAGAACACACACCAAGCCCGUAUUGGCUGAAUUCAAGCUCCCGUUCGCCUGCGUCUCGCAGACAAACCGCUGUGACUCAGCACUAAACGAUCCCACUGAAACAAUUGAUUGGCCCUUCUGAACCUGCGGAGGUUAAUACCAACCGAGCCUUCAUAGGUAGUGGCCACAGGAUUGAGACAGGGCUUGGGAGAGCUGGUUAGGACCCACCCGUUGCAUCGGUCACCCGGCAAAGGGAACGAACUGUCGCCAUUUGCAUGGGAUACCACCAUGGCAGAGAACUGACGUCACUAGAAUGCGGUGGAGGAGAUAACUUCAUUGAAACUGGCAGCGACAGGUGUGUAACCCCCCAGCCCUUCCUCUUCACACAGAGGGGAAACCUUAAGGGCCCCUCCCAGCUCUCCCGUGAGUGCAAUAGUCAAACCAAGGGAAUCAGGAGUGGCGCGGGACCUGCGGCGUGGAACCCCCGGCUACCGCUCCCACCAGUACUGACAACUGAGGUCUCUUGCACCAGCUACUGGAGGCGUGGCUACCGGAGGGCAAGCAAAAUUCGCUGAGGGUUCUCAGCCCCAAGCUCCACAAACUUAGGGUCUGAGGGAAUGGCAAACAGGGAGAGUGUGCCCAGUCCUUCAAGAAAAUAGGGCUCCUGGGCGCAGCAGACCUGGCGUGUAGCCAGUAUUGUGGUGAGCAUCACCUGUGAGCGGGGCCUGGCUUGAGGAAAAGUGGGGAAGUGACUAGACACAAGAGAAGGCCCUAGGCACUCAGGAUUGGAGAACUGCUCGGUCUGGGAGGAGGAACUGCUGCACAGUGAUUGGUUCCCGUGUAUUGAGAGGAGAAGCUUGGCCCGGUGGGCACAGCUCCACCUACUGGAAGAGAAGUUAAUCAAACUCUAAGACUGCAUUUAUUAAAUUUUUUUUAUUUGGGUUUUUUUUUUCAUUUUCAUUUUUAAAUUUUUUUAAAUAUUUUUUUAUUAUUUUUUUAACUUUAUUUUUUAUUUUUUUGAUUUUUUUUAAAUUUUUUUUUCUUUUUUUCUUUUCUAUUUUUUCUUUUGUCUUUUCAUUUCUUUUCAAUUUCCUUAUUCCCCCUUCCUUGAAUUCUACCUGCUUACUCUCAUUCUCUUUAGUGACUUCUUCCCUUCCCUUCUAAUACGUUUCCUCCCAAGCAUCAAAUAAAUUUAUAGGAGUAAACAGUUACUCAGCAGUCAAACAGAACAAGAAGUAACAUGAGCAGCAUGAAAAAGCAAGGAAGAAAAGGAGUACAAACAAUUCAGGACAGCCUAAAUAUUCAGGAGGACCUGGAGGCAUCAGAAAAAUGGCCAAAUAAAGAACUCAAGGAAUACCUUAGACAGAUGGAAUGGAAUCUUAAAGAAGAUAUGAGACAGCAAAUUCAAACAGUGAAUGAACACAUUGAAAAUAAAUUACAUAAACAGAUAAAAUAAGCAAAUAAGCAUCUUUAUCAGGAGAUAGAGAUUAUUAAAAAAAUCAACCAAUAAUUCUAGAAAUGAAGGAAACUAUAAACCAAAUUAAAAACUCAAAUGAGAGUAUCACUAACAGAGUGGAGCAAGUAGAAGCCAGAACAUCAGAUAAUGAAGACAAAAUAUAUCAUCUUGAAAAGAGUCUAGCCAACUCAGAAAGGCUGGUAAAAAAAUCAGGAGAAAAACAUCCAAGAGAUAUGGGAUAACAUAAAAAAACCAAACUUAAGAGUCAUCGAGAUAGAGGAAGGUAUAGAGGUUCAAACCAAGGGAAUGUGCAACCUGCUAAAUUAAAUAAUUAUAGAAAACUUUCCAGAAAUAAAAAAAGGAAAUGGAUAUACAAAUUGUCAAUGCAUACAGGACACCAAGCAUACAAAAUCACAGUAGACCAAUGCCAAGACACAUUGUUAUGAAGAUAUCCAAUAUACAGAACAAAGAGAAAAUAUUAAAAGCUACAAGAGAAAGGAGGCAGAUUACAUUCAGGGGUAAACCAAUAAGGUUAACAACGGAUUUUUCAUCACAGACUCUGAAAGCGAGAAGAUACUGGAACAACGUACUUCAAACAAUGAAAGACAAUGGAUGCCAACCAAGAAUUUUGUAUCCAGCAAAAUUAAGCUUCAGGUAUGACAACAAAAUAAAAAUCUUUCAUGAUAAACAAAAGUUAAAAGAAUUUGCAGCCAGAAAACCAGCACUGCAAAGCAUCUUGAGCAAAACACUACACGAGGAAGAAAUGAAAAACAAUAACCAAAACCAACAGUGGGAAGUACCUCAGUAAAGACAGAGGGUGGGGGGAAAGCUAAUCAUGGAGAAACAAACUAAAUUAAAAAAAAAAAGAUAAAUAAUCAAACAUGGCUGGAAGUACAAACCAUAUAUCAAUAGUAACUCUAAAUGUUAAUGGCUUAAACUCUCCAAUAAAGCGACAUAGGCUGGUAACAUGGAUUAAAAAAACAAAUUCAACAAUAUGCUGCCUCCAGGAGACACAUCUGAUUGGAAAAGACAUACACAGGCUGAAGGUGAAAGGUUGGGAAAAAAUAUACCACGCACACGGUCCUCGUAAGCAAGCAGGGGUGGCCAUCCUCAUAUUGAAUAAAAUCGACUUCAAGACUAAGUUAACCAAAAGGGAUAAGGAAGGACAUUAUAUACUGUUAAAAGGAACCAUUCACCAACAAGACAUAACAAUUAUCAAUAUUUAUGCACCAAAUAAUGGUGCUGCGACGUUCAUAAAACAAACUCUCCUCAAGUUCAAGAAUCAAAUAGACCACAACACAAUAAUUAUGGGUGACUUCAACACAGCUCUCUCACCAUUGGACAGAUCCUCCAAACAAAAGUUGAAUAAAGAAACUAUAGAACUCAAUAUCACAAUCAAUAACCUAGACUUAACUGACAUAUAUAGAAUAUAUCAACCAUCAUCAAGUGGAUAUACUUUUUUCUCAGUAGUACAUGGAUCCUUCUCAAAAAUAGACCAUAUAUUAUGCCAUAGGGCAACACUCAGUAAAUAUAAAGGGGUGGAGAUAAUACCAUGCAUUUUAUCUGAUCAUAAUGGAAUGAAACUGGAAAUCAAUGAUAAAAGCAGGAAGGAAAAAUCCUACAUCACAUGGAAAAUGAACAAUAUGUUACUGAAUGAUCAGUGGGUUACAGAAGACAUAAAGGAGGAAAUCAAAAAUUUCUUAGAGAUAAAUGAAAAUACAGACACAACAUACCGGAAUCUAUGGGACACAAUGAAAGCAGUUUUAAGAGGGAAAUUCAUCGCCUGUAGGUAAUUUCUCAAAAAAAAAAAAAAAAAAAAAAAAACCAACAAA